GUAAAAAUGGGUGAUUCUCUUCAUACUUGUUUGUCAAUGGAGAAUCAUCACCCAUCCACGCUCUUGACCAUGGAUUCAAGUGCCUCUUCUCAUGAGGAGCUGGAUUUGGAGAUGAAUCCGCAGAUCAUACUAUCUGGUCCGCCUGAUAUCAAUUUACCUCUGCUCGCAGAGCGAAGUUCUCCACCGCAACUAUGGAAUUCUAAUCCCUGUGAUACUUUAUAUGUUGGUCUUGGCACUCAAGGAUAUAAGGCUGAGAGUUCACUCAACCUUCCGAAAACCGGAAGGAAAUGCUCCAAGCGAGUUGAUAGCAUAUGGGGUGCUUGGUUUUUCUUCCGAUUUUACUUCAAGCCUGUGUUGCAUGAAAAAUCUAUGGCCAAGGUUACCAGGGACAGCAACAGUGUUUCCGGGUUUGAUAAAACUGAUCUCAAGCUUGAUGUUUUCAUGGUUCAACAUGACAUGGAAAACAUGUAUAUGUGGGUUUUCAAGGAGAGGCCGGAAAAUGCGUUGGGCAAGAUGCAGCUGAGAAAUUACAUGAAUGGGCACUUCCGCCAAGGGGAGAACCCUUUUCCUUUCGGUGUUGAGAAGGGCUUUGUUCGAUCACAUAGGAUGCAGCGGAAGCAUUAUAAGGGACUUUCAAACCCCCUGUGUGUGCAUGGCGUUGAGGUUGUGCCAUCACCCAAUUUGAUGGGGCUAGAUAAGGAUGAGCAAAAGAGGUGGAUGGAACUCACUGGCCGGGAUUUAAAUUUCAAGAUCCCUCCUGAAGCAAGCGAUUUUAGUUCCUGGAGAAAUCUACCCAACAUGGAGUUUGAGCUUGAGAGACCGCCUCACCCAAUUAAGGGUGCUCCUCCUCCUGCUAAGAAGCUGCUUUAUGGGCCUGGUUUGAAUUUGUCAUCAACACAUCUUUCUAGCCAUAGUAACAGUGAUGGUAUUGAUCUAUCUCCUAUCAACGACAAGAAGAGGAAGGACUUAUGUCUUUAUGGGAAUGGAAAUGGAAGUGAGGAAGAAUGUUACUUGCCUGUUAAUUCUCUACUUGAAAGUAUUCCAGAAAUUGAAAUGCACCCAAGUGAUCAUCACUGGAUGAGUGACUUCAGCGGGGUGAUGAACAAUGUUUAUGGACCUGUUACGGCUGCAAAAACUAUAUACGAGGAUGAAGAAGGGUACUUGGUUAUUAUCAGUCUUCCGUGUGUAGAUCUCUCAAGUGUUAAAGUUUCUUGGAGGAACACUCUCACUCGAGGAAUCAUAAAGGUUUCUUGUUUGAGCACAUCUGGGAAGCCAUUGAUCAAGAGACAUGGCAGGACAUUCAAGCUCACAGAUCCAUCACCAGAGCACUGCCCUCCUGGGGAGUUUGUUCGUGAAAUCCCUCUAUCAACUCGAAUUCCUGAAGACGCCAAUGUAGAAGCAUACUAUGAUGGGCCAGGAUCAGUGCUUGAGAUCAUGGUGCCAAAACUUCGUGUGGGAUCAGAAGAGCAUGAAGUUCGUGUCUGCCUUCGCCCUCAUCUUGGAGGGAAUGAUCUUAUGUUGACUUGAUUUUGAUACUUGUUAUAAAUUAUUGGGGUUGCAAGCAUGGUCCUUAAAUCAUUGUUGUACUAACUUAU